AUGUUCCGUGUCCCUCGUUUUCUCACAACCACCAUGUCGAGGAUUUCCUGCCAAAUUACGUGCAGCGGCCAGGUUUAUGCCCCAGGAAUAACCUACGCGUCGAAGAAAAAGACGGAAGAGCUACUCUUGAAAGAUGCUGAAGGGCACCACUGCUUCAUUAAUCCGACGGGAUUUCACAACCAUUUGAGCCACCAUCUGCUUGUGGCUUAUGACCUCGGCGCGCCAGAGGGGCACUUGCAGAAGAUAUACGACAACGAGGCGAAAGACCAGCGACCGCGUAUUCUGGAGGAGAAAGACAGAAGCAUUGUCGUGGACAAGGAUAAUUGGAUUCAGUAUCUGGGAAACCACAAUGCUUACAAUUCUUUUGUCGAUUUCUUCUCAGAAGAGAUAAAGGCCUUGGGAGUCACUGGGACGCUUGAGAAAUAUGUCUUCGAAGAAGAGGUGAACAAGAAAGGAGUCGACAUGCUGACUCGCGUCGUCAGUGGGGCCCUGCAUCCAUUCAUUCAAAUUGGUUAUGGAGCAGAGUUCGGGAAUGAUACUCUCAUUGCCACUGGUAUCGCACAAGUCGCUGUACACACGCCGUUAAAUGGAACCAUUUUCUACGGCAACAUUGAUACUUCGCGCCCUUCCGAAAUCAUCAGCCUUCUCGAACUCCUUAGGCGCGUCUACGACUCGGACAUACUCGCACCUCCCUUGCCUUACGACCCGAAUGCCUUGAUCAGUGCACGUAUUCGUGGUGCCCUCGCGGAUGGCCGGGCUGAAGAGAUUGUUCGACUGUGCGCUCUGUACCACAUCAGCGACGCCAUUACAGAUCCAGAGAUCAACGCCAAAGUUGAAGAAAUCAUCUGGACGACUGUCCUCCUGAUGUCCGCGACCGGGCGCCCGGAGCAGAACCCCCGCCUGGACUUCUUCCUCAUGCACCUAGUCACGUCUUCGUUGUUCGUGCGCCCGUUGGCGGGUGUGCUCAGCAAGCCAAAGCACAAGGCUGCCCUCCUGCGCACGUACAUCCCUGUCAUCAUCCUGAUCACGCUAUCGCGAGGGCGGCCCAGGAUCGACCCCACGCUUGUCAUGUCAUACACCGACGUCCCGCGACCGCCAGUGCCUCUCCAUGAACCGUCCUCAAGCGCCCUCGGAAACCCGGGGAGCGACGUCUACUACAAUCCCUGGCCAGCCGUGGAGGAGGGUGUGCGGUACCACCCGGACUCGCAUGUCCUGAAGGCAAUGCGCACGCUCAUACAUGGCACGAAGAUGUACGGAACCACUGCGCCUGGAGGGGUGCCUGGGGCCUUCAGAUCGGCAGACGGAAAGGAGACACAUAAGAAUAUGGCUGCGGUGGAUGGGACCCUGUUCGUGCGUGCUGCUGGAGUUAUGAUGGAUUAUAUGGGAUGGGUGGGGGUUGGUCAGGAUCCGGGCGAGUGGGAUCGCAGUGCGCUUGGAUGGGAUGCGGCUUGGGAAGCGAAAGACGAAUAA